AUGGCGAAGCUCUCCGGGGCCGCCGUGCUGCUCCUCGUCGUCGUCCCUCUGAGCAUGUACACCUGCGCCUUGCUCGUGGGAAUCCAGCUCGGGCGGGCGCUGGAGAGGGGGCCAGGCAACAGCGGCGCUGGCGUCGAAUUCACCUGGCGAGGAGCCCUCGACUACGUCACCAAGGAGCUUUGGGAUAUCAAUGUUUUGGGACGGCGACGAGGAGGCAGGAAGGUUAGUGGCGGAGUCAGAGAACUAGUGCCCGUCGUUGUGUCGUCAUGGAGCACUGAUGUUGAGAGGUCGUCGUCCUCCCUUCGUGAAGAAGCACUGGAACCCUACGUCGCCCUCCCUGAUCUCCCUUCGGCUGAUCAUGUUCUAAAGACAAACAGCAGUGCAAAUGAUACCUCAAGGACCCAGCAGAGAAGAUACUACAAUCACACUUCGCCGAGGGGCGUGAUCAGCGUGGGGCCGUGGGGUGGAUCCGGCGGGCAGCCGUUCUACAUGCGCGGCGCCAGCACUCCUCGCCUUCGUAGCAUCAUCCUCUACCAUUCCGGCGCCAUCCACUCCCUCUCCUGCGAGUACACCCUCGCCGGCGACUACGAGGGGCCGCCGCCCCGAGUGGCUGGUCCGUGGGGCCUCCCGGAUUCCUACGGCUCCAGAGGAGUUCGUACCGAGAUCGACCUGCCUUCAGGGGAGCACAUCACGGCAGUGGAGGGGACGACGGGGCACUUCGCGAACGUCCCCGGCGUGGUGAUCACCUCGCUGACGUUCCGCACCAGCGCCGGCAGGACGUACGGGCCGUACGGCAGCGUGGCCGCAGGGUCGCACUACUUCUCCGUGCCGGCGGCGGACGGCGCCUGCAUCGUCGGCUUCUGGGGACGCUCCGGCUGGCUUCUCGACGCCAUUGGGGUUUACAUGAAGCCUUCUUGCUCAUCAUCAGACACGGCGGCGUACAAGAAUUAUGCAUCCAGACGUCAGGGACGAAAUUAG